UCCAUAUUAUAUUAACGUCAUUAAGUUUUAAGCUUUAUUGCUCGAUUAUAAUGGGCAGGAAAAAUGUAUUUACUUGUUCGAUAGGAUACCUUGCUAGGAAAUAUAGGAUAUUUCAGGAAGUGUGGCUAAACCCCUGGUGGGGAAGCGGUGGUCUUACAGCUAUACCGCUAUGGACUUUAGACAUAAUUGUACUGUUUGUCAAGAUUUCCUCAACUUGUGUUGUUGCCGCAUUUAGAGUACUUAUACCACCGACUAUGAAGAGUCUUUAUGGGGAAACAGUAUUGAUUACUGGUGCAGGCCAGGGAUUGGGCCGUGAGCUUGCUAUACAGUUUGCGGAACUAGGUGCAACAGUGAUCUGCUGGGAUUGUGACUCAAGAAGGAACAACGCAGUCGUUAAAGAAAUAAGGAAAAAAGACGGAGAUUGCUACGGUUUCACCGUGGACCUAACAGUUCGCGAGCAGGUUCUGGCUCUCGCGGCACGAAUGCAGUCGCAGCUUGCUGACGUGUCCAUAGUGGUGAACAACGCGGGUAUCUUCGCUUGUGCACCUCUCUUCCAUCUCAAGCCAGAAGCCAUUGUAAAGAUCAUAGAGACCAACUUGUUGGCGCACUUUUGGGUAAUUCAAGCUUUCCUACCAAGUAUGAUAGAAAGGAGGCAAGGCCAUAUCGUCGCUAUAAACUCAAGUGCUGGGCUCAUGUGUUCAGGAGACAUAGCGCCCUAUUGUGCAGCCAAGUUUGGUUUAAGAGGAUUAAUGGAGAGUUUUAGCGAGGAACUAAGACUCGACACAUGGACCAGAAACAUAAAUACUACAUCGGUUUAUUUGGCCACAAUUUCAACUGGAAUUUAUCCAAAGCCCACUCAUCGUUUCACCUCGUGGUACUCGGAGAUAGCUCCCGCGGAAGCGGCCAGAAUUAUCAUUGAAGGUAUUCGCAAGAACAAAAAGCACAUCAGUAUCCCUUCAUACAUGCAGUCACUUAUAGAUAUAACCUACCUUAUGCCGUACAGAAUAAGGAUCAUAUUGACCGAUUUCUUUAACAACGCGCAUAGAGGAUGGUUUUGUUUUUGCUAAGAGGAAUUAAUUACUUUUAGGUUAUGUAAUAUGUUUAAUGUGUAAUUUUUGUAUUAUUUUCUCAAAAUUGUAUGGUCGUUAAUUAAUGUCAACAGUGGAAUUUUAGGGGAAUCAUACAAUGGUUUUGUUAUAGUGUUUUAAAUGUUAAUUUAUUUGAAUAAACCUUGACACAUA